CUCAAACUCUCCCCACACCUUUCUGUCUAUUUACCCCGCUGCCCACACCAUCCCACCGCCUCAACUGACCAAACCAAUCGACGCUCCCAAAUCGCCUUCGCCAUCUCUGAUCAGUUCGUCGUCCCAAUUUCGAUUCUGCUUCUCGCCGGGGAAGGUCGAUUGUCCUCUCGAGUUGUUCACGGUGGUUGUUUACUCCUGCUCGCGCUCUCUCUUCCUCCGUCGUUGUUUCGUCAUCAAAACCUAGAAUGGGAUCCGUCGGAGCUCUUGACCUACCUUUGAAGUACCCUAGCGUCCGGCGAGACGAGUCCGUCGUCGAUGACUACCACGGCGUCAAGGUUGCCGAUCCUUAUAGAUGGCUUGAGGAUCCUGAUUCGGAAGAGACGAAGGAGUUUGUACAGAAGCAAGUGGAGUUGACGCAGUCGGUGCUCAAGGAAUGUGAUGAUGUCAGAGGGAAGUUAUCUGAGAAAAUCACCAAGCUGUUUGAUCACCCGCGCUAUGAUACACCUUUCCGGCGAGGGAAGAAGUACUUUUACUCUCAUAACACCGGGCUUCAAGCUCAAAGCGUGCUCUAUGUGCAGGAUAGUUUGGAUGGAGAACCGGAGGUUUUGCUCAAUCCUAAUACGCUUAGUGAAGACGGGACAGUAGCUUUGAGUACAUAUUCCGUAAGUGAGGAUGCCAAGUACUUGGCCUAUGCACUCAGUACAAGUGGCAGUGAUUGGGUGACAAUUAAAGUGAUGCGCAUUGAAGAUAAGAAAGUGGAGACGGACACUGUGUCUUGGGCCAAGUUUACUGGUAUUAGCUGGACUCAUGAUAACAAAGGGUUUUUCUAUAGCCGCUAUCCAGCUCCAAAAGAAGGAGAGGACCUUGACGCUGGUACAGAGACCAACACAAAUCUUUAUCAUGAGUUGUACUACCAUUUUGUGGGGACAGAUCAAUCAAAAGACAUAUUAUGCUGGAAAGAUUCUGAAAAUCCUAAAUACUCGUUUGGAGCUAAUGUUACUGAGGAUGGGAAGUAUGCACUUGUGUAUGUCGGCGAGGGUUGUGAUCCGGUCAACAAAUUUUACUAUUGUGACAUGUCUGCUCUUCCUAAUGGGGUUGAAGGUCUGAGGGCGAACAAUGAACUGCUCCCGGUUGUCAAGCUUGUUGAUACAUUUGAGGCACAGUAUCACGCGAUCGCAAAUGAUGACACUGUCUUCACUUUUCGGACAAAUAAAGAUGCUCCGAAAUAUAAGUUGGUCCGUGUUGAUUUGAAGAAACCAACUGCAUGGACUGAUGUAAUUAAAGAAUCUGAAAAAGAUGUACUUGAAUCUGCAUCUGCUGUAAAUGGUACCCAAAUGAUUGUUAGUUACUUGAGUGAUGUCAAGUAUGUACUACAGAUAAGGGAUUUGAAGUCUGGUAGUUUGGUGCAUCAAUUGCCCAUUGACAUUGGCUCAGUUACUGGGAUAUCUGGAAGACGAGAAGAUAGUACAAUUUUUUUUGGCUUUACGAGCUUUGUUACACCAGGAGUUUUAUAUCAGUGUAAUUUAGAGAAUGAAGUUCCAGAUUUGAAGGUAUUUCGCGAAAUUACUGUUCCUGGGUUUGAGCGAUCAGACUUCCACGUUGAUCAGGUUUUCAUACCCAGCAAGGAUGGCACUCAGAUACCAAUAUUUGUUGUGGCCAGGAAGAACAUUGUUUUGGAUGGCUCACACCCAUGUUUGUUAUAUGGAUAUGGUGGAUUUAACAUUAGUCUUACGCCAUCGUUCAGCGUUAGUCGCAUUGUACUUACAAGACAUUUAGGUUUUGUUUACUGCCUAGCAAAUAUUCGUGGGGGUGGAGAAUAUGGGGAGGAAUGGCACAAGGCAGGCUCCCUAGAAAGAAAGCAAAAUUGCUUUGAUGACUUCAUUUCUGCUGGUGAAUACCUUGUAUCUGCUGGUUAUACCCAAUCAAGCAAGUUGUCAAUAGAAGGUGGGAGUAAUGGUGGGCUGCUUGUUGGGGCCUGCAUAAAUCAGAGGCCUGAUCUUUUUGGCUGUGCACUUGCUCAUGUUGGUGUGAUGGACAUGCUGAGGUUCCACAAGUUUACCAUAGGUCAUGCGUGGACUUCUGAUUAUGGAUGUUCUGACAAGGAGGAAGAAUUCCAUUGGCUAAUUAAGUACUCGCCUCUACAUAAUGUUGGCAGACCAUGGGAACGACAUCCAAACCAGCAGUACCCACCUACCAUGCUAUUGACUGCAGAUCAUGAUGACCGAGUUGUCCCAUUACACUCAUUGAAGUUUUUGGCGACACUGCAACACGUGUUGAUUACAAGUUUAGAGAAAAGUCCUCAGACUAAUCCAAUUAUUGGACGCAUUGAAUGCAAGGCAGGGCAUGGAGCUGGACGUCCAACACAGAAAAUGAUUCAUGAAGCUGCUGACCGGUAUAGUUUCAUGGCUAAGAUUUUGGAUGCAUCGUGGAUCGAAUAAGGAGGUGGAGUGUGAGUAAGGGCAAUUAUACUUUAACUUCAAUAUAAUUUGUUGGGGUCACGUUUUCCGUGGUUACAUCCAGGAUAUCCUGGUUAGCGCGGUACAGGCCAUUCUUUGCUGCUAGGCAUAGUUUACAAGCCCUUAAUUGGUGAUGAGGCUCAUCCGUAUAAUGAACUUUCAUCACUUCUCUCAUGGGAUCGCAAACACACCUCUUCGGUGUGAUCAAGGACUUUUGCCUCUAAAAUUUUUGGGAAGGAUACAUCUCAAGCCUUGGUCGAUAACUGUUAGUAAAAUCCAGAUUUACUCUAUCGAUUAAACCUGGCUUUCCCCGCGGCCGUGUGGGCUUAGUCCAUGGUAAUUACGAUUUUUUAGGUUCUUGUCAUUGUGGGUCGAAUACCUGUAAAAUGUGGAUAUAGAUGGUUCACCCGCUAAGCAGGUGGCCGAAAACAUAGGUUCAGGCCUAUUAAAACUGCCCCUGUUAUGACUUGUAAAAUUAAAGAUGUAAUCUUAACUUUUU